UCCCCUUGGCUUGUCUAUUGGCUCUUGGCUCUGUGUGUUCCCCUUCGGACUGCAUAGGUUCGCAGGAGUUCGCUGAAUUGAUUUCCUUUCCACUAAGGCACGAGUGAUGAGUAAAAACUAAAAAGCGCCGUUUGGUGUUUGUUAUUUUUUCCAUGGCCGGAACGGGAUUUGGCGCAACGGCACCGGCACCGUCAUCGACGCCGUUGGCAAGGUCGUGGAGGACUGCGUUUUUGACUCUGAGGGAUGAAACCCUAACGAUUCCUCCUCGUAAUUCUUCUGCUCAAAUGCUCGAUAAUCUAAUCUUCUCCCAUUCAAAUGCUAUGGUGUCUGCGGCGGUUGAACUUCCUUCACACGAGGUUUUGUCGGACAUUUUGUUUAUGAUGGAAUUGGUUUCUGCGACUUCUUCAGAUGAAGAAGAUUGUACUCAUAUCUAUACACAGACAUCACUCCUGAUUCAUGAUAUAUGUUCACGUGUUUCGUUCGAUAUGAAUUUCUCCUCUUUUAGUAGUGUGCUCAAUUGUUUCGGGAAGAUGCUGAAUCUUUUUCUUAGAAAAGCUGCUACUAGUGAUGGGGUAGUUGGAGUUUCCAGUGCUACUACAAUAAUUCCUGCCAUUGAGUGCCUCCAGGCUAUCAGAUGUAUUAUUACUUUAUCUCAUCGAAGAUGGUUGCAGUCUGAAGAUACUAUACUGGUUAAAUUUCUACUUGAUGUUAUUGUUUGCUCCUAUGGUGUCUCAUGUUGGAUGCCUCAUUCAAUUUGUAAAGAAAAAUCUACUGGGAAUAAUAUGAGAUUUUCCACAGAGAGAAGUUCCAGUGAAUUACAGACAGUGGCUUUUGAGAUGCUUAGUGAAGUAAUCUCUAGAGCUGGAUCAUCCUUCCCUGUUGAUAUCUGGAGAUCAAUUUUUGAGGUGUUCAGAAAAACAAUGGAUGUCUUGGCAUUAAAACCUCCUGUCGUGGAAGAUAGUGUCAUGUCCAGGUUUUAUGAAUCUUUUCUGUGUUGUCUGCAUCUGAUCCUUGUUGAUCCUAAGUGUUCUGUUUCCGAUCAUGUGUCAGUUUUUGUUGCUGUUCUGCGAAAGUUCUUAAUUUAUGGCCUUUCUGGUAGAACACCAGGUACUUCUCUGCCUGUUGGUCAUGAGAAGAAGGAGCUUAAUAAUAUGAGUCCCAAGGCAAGCAGGGAAAAACUGAACAAAUCAGAUCAUAGUACAUAUAGGCCUCCACACUUGCGCAAAAGGGACUGCUUAAAUGUGAAGCACAAUAGAGCUAGACAUUCCCAAUAUAUAUCAGAUAGCGAGUCUUCUACUAUUAAUGUUACAUCAUCAGAUUCAGAGUUUAGUGAUGGAGAUGGAUCAGUUAAGGACAGUGGCAGAGUGCAGAACUCUAGGGUUAGAAUAGCUGCCAUAACUUGCAUACAGGAUCUUUGUCAAGCUGAUUCUAAAUCUUUAUCCAUGCAAUGUUCCUUGCUUUUGCCAACUAGUGAUGUAUUACAACAAAGGAUGCAUGAUGCGACUUUAAUGACAUGCUUGCUAUUUGAUCCUUGUUUGAAGGCACGUAUGGCAUCUGCAUCCACACUAGUGACCUUGUUGGAUGGUCUCUCUUCCAUUUUCCUGCAAGUAGCAGAAUAUAAGGAAUCUAACAAAUUUGGAUCUUUUAUGGCACUUUCAAGUUCCCUUGGGAAGAUUUUACUGGAACUUCAUAGAGGUCUUCUUUACUUAGUAGAGCAUGAAGCUCAUAGUAAAUUGCUGGCUUUGUUAUUCAAGAUUAUCAAGCUUGUGAUAUUAUCUACACCAUAUUCAAGAAUGCCACCAACUUUGUUGCCUAUUGUUAUUACAUCUAUUAGGACAAGGAUUGAAGAAGGGUUUUGGUUGAAAAGUGACCGAAGUAGUCUGCUGGCAGCUGCCAUUGGUUGCUUGACAUUAGCUUUGUCUACAUCACCAUCUUCUGCUCAAAUAAGGAAGAUGCUCUGUGACGAGGUUUCUUCAGGUUAUAUUGGGAAUGAAAAGAAGUCAGGUGUUCUUUCUACCUUAUUUGAAUAUUCAAUGCAAUGGAGUUGCCCAACUAUUUGCCUUGAGGCCCUUCAGGCACUUAAAGCUGCAUCCCACAAUUAUCCUAAUAUAGUGGCUGCAUGUUGGGAACAAAUUUCUGCUAUGGUGUAUGGCUUCCUUAGCACUAUAUGCCUUGAAACUCCUUCCAGGCAGUCAAGUGAACAUGUUGGUAGCCCUACUCCAGUUAUUAAUGAAAAAGUUCUCGUCACUGCUAUUAAGGUUCUAGAUGAGGGUCUUCGGGCAGUCUCUGGAUUUCAAGGAACAGAAGAUCUUUCAGAUGAUAAAUUGAUGGGUGUUCCCUUUGCAUCUGAUUGCAUCAGGAUGAAGAAAGUGUCUUCUGCUCCAUCGUACGAGCUAGAGUGCAAAGAUGAUAUUGUAGUCAACUUUGAAGCUUGUGAAUCAGGAAUUCAGCAAUGGCAUGAGGCAAUUGAGAAGCAUAUGCCUCUUAUCUUGUGUCACUCUUCAGCAAUGGUGAGAGCUGCAUCAGUUACGUGUUUUGCGGGUAUGACUUCUUCAGUGUUCAUCUGUUUCACUAAGGAAAAACAGGAUUUCAUAUUGUCUUCUUUAGUUCAUGCUGCUGUACGUGAUAAUGUACCAUCGGUGAGAUCUGCUGCCUGUCGAGCCAUUGGUAUCAUUUCAUGUUUCCCCCAAGUGUGUCAGAGUGCAGAGGUACUUGACAAAUUUAUCCAUGCUGUUGAGAAAAACUCUCAUGAUGUUCUAAUCUCAGUUAGGAUAACGGCUUCAUGGGCAUUGGCAAAUAUAUGUGAUGCUAUUUGUCACUCUGAUAGAAUCCUUCCCUUUGGACAAACGGGUUCAAACUCCAAUCCCCAGCUGAUUGUUUCAUUGAGUGAAUGUGCUUUGCAUCUUACUGAAGAUGGAGACAAGGUUAAAUCUAAUGCUGUAAGGGCUCUUGGGUAUAUUUCGAGAAUCUUAAAAUUUUCAACAUCAAAAUUCCAAGAUACAACGUUGGACUACCAUGGCUGCAGGACUGCUACGUAUCUUAAUAGUGAGAAUCUAAUGGUGUCUCAACAGUGUUGCACAUCAGAUUCUCUGCAAGAUUUCAAUAGGCUAGAAAGAAUAGUUCAGGCUUUUAUUUCUUGCAUUAAUACUGGGAACGUGAAGGUUCAGUGGAAUGUUUGUCAUGCUCUAGGUAACCUAUUCCUCAACGAGACAUUAAGGCUGCAAGAUAUGGACUGGUCUCCAGUUGUGUAUGGUAUUCUUCUGCAACUAUUACGUGAUUCAUCAAAUUUUAAAAUCAGGAUACAAGCUGCAGCAGCGUUAGCUGUGCCAGUGUCAGUGCAAGAUUAUGGCCCAUCCUUCUCAGAGAUUGUUCAAUCUAUAGAGCAUUUAAUGGAGAAUAUAGAAGAGGACCAAAUUUCCGGGCCAUCAAAUUUCAAGUACAGGGUUUCAUUACAAAAACAGCUUACCUUGACAAUGUUACACAUUCUACGCUUUACCUCGAGCACAAAUGAUCAACAGCUGAAAGAUUUUCUAGUGAAGAAAGCAUCUAUCCUUGAAGAUUGGUUCAAGGGAUUAUGCUCAUCUGCUGAGGAGACGAAUGAUGUUCAAGAUAAGUGCACUGUAGACCGAAAGAGAGUAAUGAUAUCUAGUGCGAUACAGUCAUUGAUUGAAGUGUACAAAGAAAAGAAACAGGAUGCAAUUGCUCAGAAGUUUGAGGAAUUGAAGAACAAUAUGUGAAGGUGGAGUUGUAAAAUGACAUUUGUUCAUAGAAAUCUUUUCAGGCAUUGGAAUAUUGGCAAAAGAUCCAGUCGAGUCCAGAGGAAUUUAUUUAAUGAAGCACUUUAUGGAUGGAUUCACUAUAUCAGUCCUAGAAGAGAUUGCUUUACUGAACAAGAGGAUCGUAUUGUGUCUACAUAUUUAUGGCUUUUGUUAUGGUUACAGAUUUGCGGAGUGUAAUCUUUGUUAUGCCUGAAAUGAUGGAGAUUAAUACUGUUUAACUGAAAUGCUACAUUUUGGAAAUUAAGUUUUCCUUUCAUUGCCCAAACUGAUUUCCUUGCAAGGAGUAGAGUUGUAGGCUGAAUAGCUUUAGUGUGCCUCAACAACACUUGGAUAUGCGGAGCCAUGUCGAUGGGCACCGUUUUUCUCACACCCUUUUUUGCUAUUCUCAUACCCAAUAAAUAAAUAAAUAAAUGGUUGUUGUAAAGUCUUAA